CCGCCUUCUCUCGCCAACCUUUCCGAGAUCCCACGUGCGCGCGCGGAUCGGCAGGCGGGCGGCGGCUCACCCACACCCGAGACGCCGGCGGGAGGGGGAGCCGGAGCGCGCGGAUCGAGGACGGGAAGCGUGGUGAUCCCAGGAAGGCCGGCGAGAUGAACGCCUUCAGGCUCGCCGGCGACAUGACGCACCUCAUCAGCGUCCUCGUCCUCCUGCUCAAGAUCCACACCAUCAAGUCCUGCGCCGGCGUUUCCUUGAAGACACAAGAGUUGUAUGCUCUUGUUUUCUCCACUCGCUACCUGGACAUAUUCACAGACUUUAUAUCCCUGUACAAUACGGUCAUGAAGCUAAUUUUCCUGGGUAGCUCAUUCUCAAUUGUUUGGUAUAUGAGGCACCACAAGUUGGUCCAGAGAUCAUAUGACAAGGAUCAUGACACUUUCCGCCAUCAGUUUCUUGUUCUACCCUGUCUUAUAUUGGCCUUGCUCAUCCACGAGCAGUUCACUUUCAAGGAGGUAAUGUGGACAUUCUCCAUUUAUCUGGAGGCUGUUGCAAUUCUUCCUCAACUUGUGCUACUACAGCGUACAAGAAACAUUGACAAUUUAACUGGGCAAUAUGUAUUUUUCCUUGGCGCGUACCGAUCGCUAUAUAUUCUCAACUGGAUUUACCGCUACUUCACUGAGCCACACUAUGUACAUUGGAUAACUUGGAUAUCAGGAUUUGUGCAGACAUUAUUGUAUGCAGAUUUCUUCUAUUAUUACAUCAACAGUUGGAAGAACAACGUUAAGCUCACUCUACCAGCUUGACUGCUGGAUUGGUCAAUCGCUCUCUUUUUUUUUUGUCGGCAUUGUAUCAUCCAGGAUAUACUAUGUACAUGAUCUGAGAUCUGCGACAAGGGUGCAGUUCAUUUGUCAACUGGGACACAUUGCCUAGAUCACAAUCAUGUAUAUUUAGCUUUGGGAAACAUAGAGAAUAUACUGUACAUGAAAUGGAAAAUAGCUCGCUGCAUCAUGGAGAUGUAUUAGUUGAUAGAUAUAAUUAUGUUCAGCUGAUUGUGAUUUGUGAAGAAGGCUUUGGCAACACUUGAGCUUCUGAAAUAGUUUCAAGCAGUGUCUUAGUCACCGUGUUAGACUCUGGGACUACCUUUUUUUCGAAGAAGACUCUGGAACUAUGUGUAUUACAUCUCUGCAUAAUAUCAAUUCUA